CUUGUCGCAACUGACAUCCACGCGCGUUUGUCUGCUAGUCUCGUCAAAUGAAUGCCCCUAAUCCUCUCUCUGGCAGCUCCAGGUAGCCCAAACCGCCUUGGCCGCCGUGCAACGCACCUGGCAAUUCACCUGCCCCCUCGGCUUCCUGUGGUCCGCCAUCAGCAGCACCGUCUGUUAGCGCUCGCGAUACACCCACCAUGGACCCGAACGCUCUCCCUACCGUCGAAUCAACCUUCACCAUCUUGGACGUACGGUAGUCUUCCCGCUCGUCGCUAUGAGCAUCCGCACGCCUUUCGAAGGAAUCACUCUGCCCAGAGGCCUGGCGAUGCAUUUACAUCCGAUCUAACUACAAACCGGCUCAAAGCAGCAGAGGUCAAAGAUCAAAGAGGACACCCUGUUCAGACGCCUGAGGAUGAGGACUUUCCCGAGAGUUUCCUUGAUGCAUUCAUAUUCAGUCUAAGUAGAGACGAGAGCUUGAACACUGGGCAAUUAUGGGAACACAAGAUCGACGUCGCAAAGGACGACGUCCCAUUUCGCGCCCAGCUUAGCCGCACAGCAAGAAAGGCUAUGCGUCCGAGCCGGCCCGCGCAGGUCCUAGCAUCGAUACAAGGCUCUGCUAGAGACCUGUACAUGAUCGCUCCGCCUGGAAAGGUCGACUUGUCUUAUAGAAGACCCCGUCCUCACGAUACAGGCGACAUCAAGCGACCUUCCCCAAAACCACUUUGGUCAACAGACAAUGCAGACCUGCUUCCUGAACCUGUGUCGCUUUACUCUAUUCUCGCUCGUUUUUUAAGACAUGAUACCGCAUCGCCUUCUGCCGAGUCUGAGUUCAAAUUUACUCAGUUGGAGCUCCAUCUGCUACACUCUAAAGGCUAUUCUCCAGACAGUAUAUCGAAAUGGGCGUCCACUCUUGUAGAAUCCAGAUGUCGGGUAGCUGUAGAGACGUUCAAACCUGGUGCCGAAGUACCGCCCUUGUUUUUGCUCCUGCUGUACCUGCGCCGCAAACAUGUACGGGCGUUCGCUUUAGACGUAAUCAUGAGACACGUUGGAUACAGAUCGCGGAUAGAGCCGAUCACCUGGGCAGCUCUUAAACUUAUUGUUAUUCGUUUGCUCCGCCAUGCACGCGAGCUUUGGCCAGAGUCGGUACCGUGGAUUGCCACGCUCUUUGCUACCGAAGCAGCCCGAUUACAUGACGACGAAGAUGGCUCCAAGCCUUUAUCGCCCAGUAUGCUUUCAGAUGUUACACAAUUCUGUAACAACCUUCUGUUGCUUCUCUCUCUGCCAGCGGACAACCAACCGAUAAUCUCCUCAAUGUACCAAGAAAAGGCACAAUUUCAGGUUCUACAGUACAUGGCUAGUCGCUCGCCCGCGAUAUCAGUCUCCAGACUAGGAUUUCGAUCUGUGACCAGGAACCAGCUUGCUCAUGCCAAGACCCCUUCAGAACAGGAAUGGGCAGAGCUUAAAGGUCCUUCUUGGCCUCCCUGGAAAGAGAAUCGCACUGCAAUGGAUGAAGAUAAGGGUUAUGAAUUCGGUGCCUCCAGAGCCUCGAAGAUUAUGCAUCGCAUGUAUGAGGCUGGCUACGGUGGCCGCAUUUGGGAAGAGAUGGCCGAGGUGUAUGCUGGUUGGGACACCGACUACAGUCCGACAAUCCAGACUCGUACAUCAGUACCUAGCUUCUCCACGCAGUAUAAAGAUAGAGCUCAUCUACGCUCUCUGCUAUGGGCUGGCCGUAUACGAACAACCAGAACGCGACGAGAAGCCUGGGCGUGCUUUCUCGCACAUGAAAUGACCGGGGUCGCUGAUCAGCAAGAAAUCUAUAUCGCUAUGUUCGAAAAGCUGUACUAUCCUACGCUUUCGACGUCACCGGAUCGUGCAUCUUCAUUGGAUUUGGAAGAGGAGUUCGAGCAGCCAACAGCCGAUAUGUUGCCUGGGGACAUGAAGGAAGUCAUCCCAGAUCCAACGUCUCCCCUGCAUUACGUAUUUUUAAACGAGCCUGUCCCCACCUACAAGCAACUAUAUCAUCGCAUGUACACAAGGCACUUGAGUCCCUCGAAUCGCCUACUUGCGUUCUUAUUGGAGACAUGCCCAGACUUCAAUAUGGCACUGGACAUAUUAGACACGACCCAACAUGAUGGCAUAAACCAUCUCUUUUUAGGCAAGCACGACAACAAUAGCUUGAUUCAAGCGACACCCGGCUAUCUUUUCAAGGCCUUCAUUCAUUUUCUAUGUCGUUUUGGCAGUAUCGAUCGGCCGCCUAUCAGAGAGCCCACUCUUGUAGCGCCCGAACAACACGCUCACUUACUCAGGUCUGACAGACAAUACCUCUUAGAAUAUGCUCAUGCACUUCUUUCGCACUACAAGCCAAAAUAUCGUCCGGCUUGGACUGUCUACGUGGACAAAAUGGUGCAGCACAAGACAAGCAUGAUGGCGGGAAACUCGAUCCGAUAUAACAUUGUCUGCAAAGUAUUUGAGCAUAUGGAGGACAUUGACCUCGAUAUUGACGAUGGACUUUUCCGCCUAAUGUGCACGGCGACACAGUACGCUGCUCAAACCGCCAACCACUGGUCCACAUCCACCGAGGACGCGCGCAACAUCUUCCUCACCGGCUCCUCCCGCCUCCGCAUCCUCUUCCGCGGUUUAGUUGGUGCGAAUACAGAUGUGCAGUCCACCAACCCAAUACGAGAUAGCUACGACACUAUUCCACCGCACAUCCCCGGCCCCGCAGAGCUUCACGCAUACGUCCGCGCGCUAGGCACCCUCCACGACUAUGAGGGCCUCUAUUCCUUCUCUACCUGGCUCAUGAAGCAUCAUGUCGAGGUCAGGCAACGUGCUGAAGCCCGGUACUCGGGCAGUCGGUUGCUCUUUAGAACGCUUGUAGCUUUGCGAGCAGCUGUUGAUGGAGUAUUUGAAAUCGGACCCAGUCAGGGCAUGGGCGGAUCGGCGGAAAUUGCGCAACUCAUCAAGGCACAGAUUGGCAGCAUCGAAGGGUGGGGUGGAUGGCCGGCGCAGGAAUAUGUCGAUAUUUAUAUCAAAGGACAAUUAAAGGCCGAUAUGCCGGGGGUUGGUGGACAAUAGAAAGUUAUUUUACAUUGGAGGUGGCGCUCUGCACUUUUAUUUUUAUCUUUGAUACCCUGUAGACUGGAGAAGUAAGCAAUGUAUAAUAGACUAAAACAAUUGCAAUAUUAUGUACAUCCACCUAUAUUCUGUG